AUGUCGAAGACGCUGUCGGACCACAGGCCCAUCACGGAUAUUGGCCUUGCUGCAUCCACUUGGGCCUACUCCAAUAGCUCCCUCAGUGAGCAUGAUGAAAUCAAAAUACCAAGGAACAUUGGAGGGGCUAACGUGGUUUUUGCUGAUGGGGCCUCUGUUUCCUCAGUCUCUUUGAUUUCGGACUUCUCCGCCGUGUCCACAUCCGAUCUAUCUCAACACACAUCCGUUCAAGAUGUAGUAGACCACUUGAGUAGCAUGGGCUUUGCACAAGCAACUCCCGAUUGUGUUCGCUUCAAAUACAUUCCGGAAAAGCUCCACAAGACAGCUGUUAUUAAAGUCCGUGAUCCAGACUUUGCCAACAAUCUUCUCCAGUGCCUUGGGGAUAGCCCUAUUCGCCUCAGAGAUGCGGAAGUUCACAUGUCGAAGAUGCAACUUGGAGGGGAGACAGAAUCCGGUAUGAAUCGACUCCAGCUUACUAGUGUUACAUGUUCAUGGUUCAAUCCUUCCAAGGUGGCGUAUCUCCAAUAUGAGACGGAUUGGAAAGCGAAGCAGGCACUCAAACGCAUCAAAGACUUGGACUCAAACCAACUCAUGGGAAGGAAGCUCGAUGUCAUGUACCAACCAGUCCGGUCCUUACAAGUGGGUAAUCUUGAUGUGAACACGAAUGAAGCUGGACUUCGGCGCUUUCUUCCUUCUCCACAGCCCCUUAACGUGACUUGGGGGCCUAAAUCUCACAUAUUGACUGCAAAACAGCUAGAGGAAAAAGCCCUCAUGGAACUUCGAUGUCACGGUACCCUCUUAGGAGAGUGUACCCCCAGUUCCCAAAAGGGGGGAAGUAGAACGAAAAUUAUCGCCAAGUUCAGCGAAACAGAGGCAGCCCGUAAUGCAGUCAAGAAGAUGCACGGAACCCGCCUCGAUACAAGCUCGAACGAUAAGAUGCAAGUCACUCCUCUUGUGUCCAUUAAAUUGUCGGUCUCUUCUCGAAUCCUAGCAGCCAUUCAACCACGGCUCAAUUCUCUUGUUGACCAGACAUGGCAAACGGAUUACGUUCAGAUCAAAAGCUACGAAGGUCCAGGCAAACAAUAUACCCAAAUCCGCAUUUUUGGUCAGUCCAGAGAACCAGUCGCUAAGGCCAAGUCGGCCGUGGAGAAGCUCCUUGCGGGCCAGAUCGUCGCCGACGGAAAUGGCCCGAUCACAGAACCGUCAUAUUUUAGACCUUCAUCAAAGAGCUUUCUGGACGAUCUUGGAGCCGCAAAUGGUGUUUUCAUACACCAGGAUCUGCGUCGAUCGGUUCUUCGACUAUACGGAGACGACACGGGUAUCGAACAAGUCAAACGCGCUCUGGUGGCAAAAUGUGCAGAGCUCAAGGAACAUUCCCACACUGUCAUUCUUGAUCCCGAGGCUCUGGCUUUUGCCCUCAAAGGGGGAUUUCGACAAAUUGUCGCUGCUCUUGGAAAGGACAAAGUGAAGCUAGAUAUCAUCAGCAAUCCGAAGCGAAUCAUCGUCGAAGGUUCCACAAAAGAUGUGGCCCAGAUACAGGAAAUCCUCACAUGGUCUGCAUCUCCUUCGUUGGAAACACAAAUCUCUGGGCUCUCCAUCAGCGUUGACUCCCCCGAGCUAUUGUGCCCGGUCUGCUUCACCCCACCGGAAGAACCUAUCAAGACAUCAUGCGAUCACUUCUAUUGCAGUUCCUGCCUCGUGUCGCAGUGCACGUCUGCCGAUUCUUUCCCGCUAAAAUGUCUUGGGGAGGGCGCUGUCUGCGGAUCUCCAAUAACUCUUGAUGAUGUGAAGAAAGUUCUUUCUAGGACUGAAUACGAUAAUCUUCUUCAGACAUCCCUGACCUCAUAUCUUCGCAGUCGAACAACCAAAUUCCAAUACUGCUCUACACCAGACUGUGACCGCUUCUACAGAAUCUCAAAGACUACAAACCCUCGAAUCUUUGACUGCGACGGCUGCCUUAGCUCGAUCUGCACGAGCUGCCAUCACAACCCCCACGAUGGGAUCACAUGUGAAGCCAACAAAGCCCUGAUCAAAGCUGCUUUGGAGGGAGAUGAAGAACUCGCUCAGUGGAAAAAGAAUAAUGAUGUGCGAGACUGCCCCAAGUGCGGGGUGCCGAUUGAGAAAGCGUUUGGUUGCAAUCACAUGGAGUGCAUAUCGUGCCGGACCCACAUUUGCUGGUUCUGUAUGAAGACGUUCGAUAGAGGGCAAGAUACCUACAAACACAUGGAGCAGACACACGGCAAUAUUGCUUGA